AUGGCCCUUGUGCCAGGAAGCAGUGAGGAGGAUGGGCCUUGGACUAGAGAUAGUCCAGGCUCCUCCAAGCAUCCCGAAAGUCCCAGGCUGAUGAAUUCUCUCUGGAAGGACAGAGGAGAGAUUAGCAGGGUUCAAGGUUACCAGGAUUUUCAGGUUGUUUCUCAAAAGUCCCACCUGCCCUCUAUUGUGGUGGAAGCCUCUGAGGUGAAUGAAGAAGAGAGUGGGGAUCUCCAGUGGCCCCAUGAGGAGCUGCUGCUGCUCACAGAUGGUGAGGAAGAGGAGGCUGAGGCCUUCUUCCAGGACGAAAAUGAAGAGCCAGGCUGGGCUUGGAGCCCACAGGACCCCAGGUUUCCCUUAAGAACAUUUAAUGUUGGAUUCAGCUGGGGCCAGGAGCAGGAUGACCAAGAUGCCUCUUGGAUUCCUGAGGACACAGAGUGUGAGGAAACCCCCAACCUCUGUUUUUGGGACCCAAGCACAGGCUCCAGUGUCUGCAGAAGCCACUUUGUGGAAUAUUCUCAUCUCUUGCCUCCUAGUAACUUGGAGGGUAAGUAUUUUUCUCCCUCAAACAUAUCACCUAGGUUUAUUUAUGAAGCCCUUCUACCCAUCCUCAUAAAAUUCCCCUUUUACAGGUAA